AUGAGUGAUCAUCAAAUAGAAAAGAAACCAUUAACAAAUUUAACACUACGUCAAUAUGUUUUUAAAGCAACUGAACCAAUUGCUGUUGAAGUUCCUGAAGAACUAACAAAUUUAGAAGAAAUGGAAUUCUUUUCAUGUGUUAAUUUAGAUAAGCUCAUUCUUUCUCCACAUAUGUUAACAAUACCAAGUGGGUUGUGUUGGGGAUGUGUUAUGUUAACAGAAGUUAUUCUUCCAUCGUGUUUACGUUCUAUUGAAGAUAAUGCAUUUAAGUCAUGUAUAAGAUUAAAAACAAUAAGUCUUCCUCCUACAAUAACACAUCUUGGUAGUAAUUCAUUUAAUGACUGUGAAUCACUUCAAAAAAUUACUCUUUCAUCUAUUAAAAAAAUUUCUACAAGAGCAUUUUGUGGAUGUUUUUCUUUAAAAGAAGUUGAAUUACCUGAAUGUCUUGAGUCAAUAGAUGAAUCUGCUUUUGCUCUUUGUAGGAGUCUUGAUAAAAUUUCAAUUCCCAAUAAUGUUUCAUCAAUUGGUAAAAUGGCUUUUAAUGAAUGUUCUUCAUUAACUGCAAUUUCUUUACCUCAGAAUUUACAAUUAUUUGAUGUCAGUGCUUUAAUGAGGUGUAACAAAUUACAAAGAAUAAUACUUCAUGGAAAAAAUGAAAUUAAUUUUAAAGUAUCUUAUCAUGUGUCACAAUUAUUAGAAGAGAAUGGUAUUACUUGUAAUAAUAUAGAAUUGAUUAAUGGAGAUGAUUUAAUCUUUUCUUGUAAUGAAAUACCUUCAUCCAUAUCUUCUAUUGGUGAUUCAUAUUAUAAAGAAUGUGAAUUUAAAACAACUAGUUUUAUUAUUCCAUCAACAAUCACUUCUUUAGGAGAAAGUGCUUUUUGUUUAUGUGGUAAUUUAAAGAAAAUAGUUAUCUCUUCAUCUAUUACCAAUUUACCUGAUUAUUGUUUUGCCUAUUGUACAGAUUUAAUUGAAAUUAAAAUUCCAACAUCAAUUACUUCUAUUGGAACACGUUGUUUUCAUAAUUGUAUUUCAUUAAAAGAAAUAUAUGUUCCUGAUAGUGUUAUUCAUAUUGGAGAAAGUUGUUUCUCUAAUUGUACAAAGCUUACUUCAAUAAAAAUACCAACAACUUGUAUUGAAAAAGAAAAUCUAUCUCAAGUAUUUCUUGGGAGUAAAAAAUUAUCUUCAAUUAAUGGAAAUUCAUUUGAUUAUACAGACGAAUGUUUAUGUGAUGAAUUUAUAGAAGAAGAUGACAAUGACGAAAUCCAUGCUCAAGGAUGGUAG